CAGCAUCUGUGCGGGCAGCUGCCGGCCUGCCUGCCCUGCCCCGCGCCCCGCCGUAUAAAUAGAGGCAGCGAGCGACAGGGAGCUCCUGGCAGCCACCAUGAAGGGCCUCAACCUGCUCUGCUGCUGCGUGGCCUCGCUCCUGCUCCUCGGCACCGCAGAGCCGCGUGGCCCCGGCACGGGCCAUGGGGAUGGUGCUGCCGAGAGCCCCUCGCCAGGCACGGAGCCCCGGCUGGAGGAGAAGGCAGAUGAUGGCAGCCCUGAGGAGCAGCAAGACAGUGGCACUGCCAAUGCCUCCUUGCCUGGUGUCACCGAGGAGGGACAUGAAGAGGGGGAGAAAGAGCCGGCGGGUGGCCUGAGGAGGGGCCUGGGGCCAGGGGACAGCCAGACAGAGGAGAGCAGCAAGGAGCAGGGCCAGGAAGAACAGAGCUCAGGGGUGGAAACCAUGACAGCUCAUCAUGAAGGGAAACAUGGGCCUGGCACACAGGAUGACAUCCAUGCCCAGGAGGAUGAGGAGCCCGGCACAGAGAAGGGAGGCUCUGAGGAGGAAGGGCAGCCAGGGGAAGAGGAAACAGAGGUGCCAAGAGCAGCAUCUGCCCCUGAGGGAGAGGAGGAAAGGGAUGAGCAGAGCUCAGAGGAAGAUGACGAGCAAGGAGAGUCUGAGGAAGGUGAACAUGGGAAGUCUGAGGUAGAUGGAGGCAAGGAAGAGUUUGAAGAGGGAGAAUCUAAGGAGGAGAAGGAGUCUGACGAAGAUAGUGACAGGCCAGAGAAUGAAUCUGGAGAGAAUGACAAGGAAGCAGCUGGCACUUCCAACAAAAAGAGCCACAGCAAACCAGCAGCUGCUGGCACAGAAGAAGCCAGGGAUGGCCCUGCCAGCUGCCAUCACCCACCCUGUGGGGAUGCAGCAGAAGACCCACCAGCAGCAGUGGAAAACCCACCAAUGGUGGAAGAUCCACCAGCAAAAGAAGACCCACCAGUAACAGAAGACCCACCAACAGCAGAGGAAGACCCUCCAGCAGCAGAAGACCUCCCUGCAGUGGCAAAAGAUCCCCCAGCAGCAGCAGACCCCCCUGCAAACAAGACCCCACUGGCAGGAACAGAAGUCCCCAGCACCACCCCAGCUGCCGCCGAGACCCGGCUCAGCCAGAUAGAAGAGGUUGAAGAUGCCAGCGAGCCGACCAAGCGCGACCGGUCCCACUUGGAGAACACCCUGAAGCUCAAUGAGGAAAAGCCUGCCGAUGAUGUCUCAGGAGUAUUGCAGCGGCUGAGGAAGAUCUACCACUCCUCCAUCAAGCCCCUGGAACACUCCUACAGAUACAACGAGCUGAGGCAGCACGAGAUCACAGCUUACCCCGGACGCACCCUGGGCUCCUCGGCCACAGAUGGGGAGAUCACUUCCAAGCCUAUGGUGCUAUUCCUGGGACCGUGGAGCGUCGGCAAAUCCUCUAUGAUAAACUACCUCCUGGGGCUCGACAACACUCCCUACCAGCUCUACACAGGGGCAGAACCCACCACCUCCGAGUUCACUGUCAUCAUGCACGGCCCCAAGCUGAAGACCAUCGAGGGCAUCGUGAUGGCUGCUGACAGUGCCCGCUCCUUCUCGCCCCUGGAGAAAUUUGGGCAGAACUUCUUGGAAAAGCUGAUAGGCAUUGAGGUCCCCCACAAACUGCUGGAGAGAGUCACGUUUGUGGACACGCCAGGCAUCAUUGAAAACCGCAAGCAGCAAGAAAGAGGUUACCCAUUCAACGACGUGUGCCAGUGGUUCAUUGACAGAGCCGAUCUCAUCUUUGUUGUCUUUGACCCCACGAAGCUGGAUGUAGGCUUGGAGCUGGAGAUGCUGUUUCGUCAGCUGAAGGGCCGCGAGUCUCAGAUCCGAAUCAUCCUGAACAAAGCUGACAGCCUGGCUACCCAGGAGCUGAUGAGAGUCUAUGGUGCCUUGUUCUGGAGCCUGGCUCCUCUCAUCAAUGUCACAGAGCCACCCAGGGUGUAUGUUAGCUCCUUCUGGCCCCAUGACUACCAUCCAGAAACCCACAGAGACCUGUUCCUCAAAGAAGAGAUAUCGCUCCUGGAAGAUCUCAACCAGGUGAUUGAGAACAGGAUGGAAAACAAGAUUGCCUUCAUCCGCCAGCACGCCAUCCGAGUGCGCAUCCACGCCCUGCUGGUCGAUCGCUAUCUACAGACCUACAAGGACAAAAUGACCUUCUUUAGUGAUGGAGAACUGGUGUUCAGGGACAUUGUGGAAGAUCCUGACAGGUUCUUUAUCUUUAAAUCCAUUCUGGCAAAGACCAAUGUCAGCAAAUUUGACCUCCCCAACCGUGAGGCUUACAAGGACUUUUUUGGCAUCAAUCCCAUCACCAGUUUUAAGCUGCUAUCUCAGCAGUGUUCCUACAUGGGAGGGUGUUUCCUAGAGAAGAUCGAGAAGGCCAUCACCCGUGAGCUUCCCGAUCUCUUGGGAAGCAUUGGCUUGGGGAAGAAGCCCAAUGUCCUCUCCUGCGACGUCACUGGCUGUGGCGAAACCCCAAAGAAUCGCUACAGGAAACCCUAAGGUGAUCCACAACCCAACUGUCCACGUGUUCCUACUGGUGAAUGAGCUUAUGUCUUAUCUGUCCAAGAAGCCAUGGUUUGUUAACCCUUUGAGUGCCGUGCUGGCAAAGGCUACCGUACGAUGAGGACUUUGAGUCAGUGACAUCGAUGGCAGGGGAAGAUGGGUGGGCAUAAGGAAGAGAAUAAAAACUGUGAAUUCCUGACAUUUUAUCUUUGUUCUUUUGAGUAGAAGGCAAUGUUUAAGCUGUAAGUAUGAGCAAUGCAUGGGCAGGACUGCAGCUGCUUUUCCACUGGUGCCAAGAGUGCAUGAAGAGGAAUUUCAACCUCUGCAUCCCCGAAGCCAUGAGGGAAUGAGAACAAGGGCACAGCGUGAGAGCACAGGGGAGAGCAGUGACACACUAACCCAGGCAUCACCAGGAGCACUGGUCAAGGAAAGAGAGGCCAUGUCCCAGCUGCUGUUUUCAGGCACAAACCUGCUACAAAUCUCAGCAAAUAUUGAUCUUGUUUUUAUUUCUGAGACCUCUAGGUCACCUGGUGAGUUCUGUUUUCACUUGACAGCUCAGUUGAUCUUCUGCAGCCUUCAUGUGGGUGUUUGACUUAAGAAGGAGCAUUUGCAGGGGCGUUGGUAUCUCCAGACAGGCAGCCGUGAUGGGAUUUGCAAGUCCAUGGCAAAGGAAGAAAUGAGGUGGAAAGGAGCAGCCAUCACUGGCUGAGCUGCGCUGGAUGAGGAGGGCCAACACCCCAAAUCAGAUGGUCCCACAAGGAGAUGUGAGCAGGGUUUCCUUCCCUGGACCAGUACAGAAGAAGGCACUUCAUGCCUGUGUGUGUCAUUAACCUCAAAACCCAUGCUAGCAAGUCUUGUCUUUGGACCAGCAGGGCUCCAAGGGUGAGGGUUUGGCAGUUUGCCUUUGUUCAAGUCUGUGUUGCUCUUUUCUCAGUCAGCCCUCCAUGGUUUUGUGCUCUGUGGAGGGAAGGAGGCAGGAAGGGGGUUCAUUAGCUGUGAACUUAAAAAGGUCACAUCCCUUUUGCCUACCUGCUGAUCUGUCCUCCCCAGGACAGUCCAGGCAGGUUUCUGGGGCUUGUUUUCCAAACUCCUCCCUUUUUAGCCAUUUGUUGGCUUGUCUCUGAGCAUCGGUGCUCAGUUCUGAAGGAGUAUUGCUUUGGAAGCACCUGAGCAGGGGGAAGUUCCCUAUGGACCGACCUUGAAACUUGGCCCUCAUGGACAGCAUUGCUGUCAUUGCCAAGCUGAGCCCAAAUCAGCCAGGUGAUAGAUGUUGUCCUGGAUGGCAAACCGGCACCUUCAAGCCCACCAAGAACCUGCUGAAAGUCCUUCCUCCUGCCAAAUACCCACAGCAAGCACUGCUCUCCAGGAAACCUCUGGAGAAAAGGGACUUACCUUCAACAGAAGCAAGAGGACAUGGAGAUGCUGGCUAAAGAAAAAGGCAAAAGGAACGAAAGAGGGAAAGAGAAAGCUGGGAAUGGAAGGCUGUGUUGUGAUGGGGAGGGUGUGAAGGGCAUCUCCACAUGUGCAACAGGAAGUGAGCUAUGGCAGCAGCCUGGGAGAGCUCCAUGUCCCCCAGGCACUGCAACAAAGAGAUCCCCUUGAGUGCAGGUGAGUUUGAGGGGAUGCUGCUGCAGGGACCUGGCCUCUGCUUCAAGGUAGGACUUGACAUUUGAACUAAUGAAGCUGAGACCAAAAUCUAUGUCCAAGCACAGGACAGGGCAUGGUUCAGGAAGAGGGAUUUUGCCUGCAGUGCAGAGUGAGCAGAGGGUGCAAGGGAAGGCAAGCAGUGUCAGAGAGAGCAGCAGCCAGAGCAGUGUGGAGAGAAGGGAUGUGCUUGUGAGUACUCUGAGGUCUCAAACCUGCCCCAGUGCUGCUGCCCCUCCGCUGUCAUUCCUUCUUGUCCAUGAUCCCAUUGCUCAUCAGUUUUCCUCUCCAUCUGUCGUUCACUCUCCUCUGUCAGAUUGGUCUGCAUGGGUUUUUAAGAGCUAAUGGAAUAGAAUCACCAAGAGAAACUGGCUGAUGUUGUCACUGUUCCUGCUGUCACACUGUGUGUCAUUGUCACAGAAAGCAAAGGCCUUUAAACAUUUCUGUUUGCAAGCACUGUAUUGCACCAUAUCUUUCCUAGUUCCUCUGUCACCCUAAAGCCCAUGGGGUACCCUGCCCCACAAGGAGUAUUGACCUUGAAGGCACUGAAGUGCUCUCAGGCCACUCCCAUCGUUCUCCCCACCCUUUCUCUGGUUUCCUUUUAUCUUUCUUUAUUUUCCAGUCCUCAGUGCCUCCUCUCCUCCCUUCCUCUUCCCUUCAGCACCUGCACGCCCUGUGCAAAGGCUUGGUGCCUGUGUGCUGGAUGGGGCUCCCCCACGACAGCCAAAACCCUUUUCCCCCCCGAUAUGGUUCUUUUGGGUUCUCCUUCCAAAGCCAUGGCAUUGGUGGUCUGUUCCCUGUGACACACACUGACCCAGCUCCGUGCUGCCUCAGGGAGAUGCCACCACUGAGAUGCCUCCUCUCCAACGGAUCCAGGUGGCUGUCAGUCCCAAGAGGAUUGCAAUUCCUAACCCAGUUCUCACUGAGCUUUCUCAGGAGACCUUUGGGAAUCUGGGAAUGGAAAAAUGGGGAGCAGGGAGACAUUUUCAUUCUGCUGAGAAAUCAACCCCCCCCAGAAUUUGGGGGAGUUGAACAUCUUGCCUAAGAGCUUCAUGGAAGGGAGGGAGCUGGGACACAGGCCCUGUAGAUGCCCGUGAUCAUGUGCAUUGGGAUAAAACUGUCAGCUUGAACAUCAGCCUGUCUAAUAAAACCUGAUAUUUUCCAAACACA